GGAAUACUCACAGCGCGUUGUAGGUAAGUUAAAAUUUUAAACAUGAAGUGGUAAAGUCUAUACAGAAGAGCAAGUUCUCUUGACAAAUUUUAUUUGCUCGUGUGUAGGGCAAAAAAUUGACCAAUUGUCCUUGCCAAGAAGCCUCGUGACAAAGCUAGCCAUGCCGGCUUUUGGACAAGGAAAAUUUGUUCGUGUGUAUGGCCGCCAUUGAUAACUUGACAAGUGUACGAGAAAUACUUCUGUUGUCUUGACAAAGAAAAGAUAAUAUCCUCUCAAUUCUUUGCUUGCACAUGACGUUACUACGUGUCAUAGGCGCCAUCUUGGUUGAUUUUAAAGUUUUUAGAUCGAAAUAGUUAGUUACUUUAAAGUGGAAGUCAAUUAAGUCCGUCCUGCGCAUCGGUUCUGCUCAUAACAAUUUGAAGACCUCUAUAAAUGUGAACAUUGCCCAAAUUUCGAAUGUUUCGAAUUUUUGUGAACAUAAACUCUAUUUCAUAUUCAUUUCGAAGCAUAGCGAACCAAAAUGGUGUUAGAUAUUCGGACAGCACUCAUAUUUUAAAAAAUACAGCAGUUUAAAAUGUAAACAAACCGUUUAUUUACAUUACGGACGUGACUUCCACUUUAAUAUUUUUGGUUUGUUUUGAAAACAUCUUACUGUAUUAUGGAUAGUUUACGAUUUCUUGCACAAUAAGACAAAGAAUGAAGAAUAUAGAUUUUUAGUUGCCACGUAUAUUUUUGAAAAUCAACCAAGAUGGCGUCGAUUGCCGAGCAAAAGGGGCUGGACUGUAAUAGGUGAUUAUGGUUCAGCUUGCCUCAAGGAUGAUCAAGGAUCGUUAUUGGGCCCUAUUUCAUUUCCACAAAUGUCUAGUAAACAAAUUGUCUAUCACGCAUUUUCCUUUUAUAGUUAUUUUGAGGCGAUGUUCAGAUCUUUCAUGCCAGAAGCUGGACUUGUCCGGGUAAGUCAGUGAAGUUCUUAGUUCAGUUAGGCCCUGUUUACAUGAGACCGAUACAGUCAUGAUAUAACAAUAUUGUUACAACCUUUUGUCGUCAACCUUGUACACGCGCAAAAAUCUCACAUCUUGUAGCACGUUUGUCAACAAUACGUCAACAAGUUGUGUUAGCUCUGCUUGUCCCAAGUUGUCAACAAGGAGACAUCUUCUUGACAAGUUGUUGGAGCAGCAUUGUUACAUCUCGUUAACAAGCUUCCUACAACCCUGUUGCGAAAAGUCUUGUUGACAAGUUGAUGGAACGGCAUUGUCAUAACUUGUUUGUUAUCUUGCUACAAGCCUGUUGCAAAAAGUCUUGUUGACAAAUUGAUGGAACGGAAUUGUCUCAACUUGUUAACAAGCUUGCUACAAGCCUUUUGCGAAAAGUCUAUUUCACAAGUUGAUGGAACAGCAUUGUUACAACGUGUUAACAAGCAUGCUACAAGCCUGUUGCGAAAAUUCUUUUUGACAGGUUGAUGGAACAGCAUUGUCACAACUUGGUAACAAGUUUGCUACAAGCCUGUUGCGAAAAAUCUUGUUGACAAGUUGAUGAAACGGAUUUGUCACAACUUGUUAACAAGCUUGCUACAACCCUGUUGCGAAAAGUCUUGCUGACAAGUUGAUGGAACGGCAUUGUCACAACUUGUUAACAAGCAUGUUACCAGCUCGUUGCAAAAAGUCUUGUUGACAAGUUGAUGGAACGGAACUGUCACAACUUAUUAACUAGAACACAUUAUAUCACAAGAACACAUUGGUAUUGAAGGAACUAGAUACUGUUCCGAAAUAUCACUUACUCGAACCGUCCUGACCGCGUAGCUCAGUUGGAAGAGCAUUGGGCUAGUAUUCCAAAGGUCGUAGGUUCGAAUCCCACCGUGGCCGGGCAAAUUUUUCAAGCUCGCCCGGUGUGGAUAUGCACUUAGAGUAACAUCACAAACAUAUUAUUCACCUGAGUACACAACAUCAGCACAGAAAAAAAUUCAUAUCACAAGAACACAUUGGUAUUGAAGGAGCUAGAUACUGUUCCGAAAUAUCACUUACUCGAACCGUCCUGACCGCGUAGCUCAGUUGGAAGAGCAUUGGGCUAGUAUUCCAAAGGUCGUAGGUUCGAAUCCCACCGUGGCCGCGUAUAUUUUUCAAGCUCGCCCGGUGUGGAUAUACACUCAGAGUAACACCACAAAUAUCAUAUUCACCUGAGUACACUACACCAACACAGAAAAAUUCAUAUUACUAGAAUACAUUGGUAUCGAAGGAACUAGAUUCUGUUCCGAAAUAUCACUUACUCGAACCGUCCUGACCGCGUAGCUCGGUUGGAAGAGCAUUGGGCUAGUAUUCCAAAGGUCGUAGGUUCGAAUCCCACCGUGGCCGGGCAAAUUUUUCAAGCUCGCCCGGUGUGGAUAUGCACUCAGAGUAACAUCACAAACAUAUUAUUCACCUGAGUACACAACACCAGCACAGAAAAAAAUUCAUAUCACAAGAACACAUUGGUAUUGAAGGAACUAGAUACUGUUCCAAAAUAUCACUUACUCGAACCGUCCUGACCGCGUAGCUCAGUUGGAAGAGCAUUGGGCUAGUAUUCCAAAGGUCGUAGGUUCGAAUCCCACCGUGGACGGGCAUAUUUUUCAAGCUCGCCCGGUGUGGAUAUGCACUCAGAGUAACAUCACAAACAUAUUAUUCACCUGAGUACACAACACCAGCACAGAAAAAAAUUCAUAUCACAAGAACACAUUGGUAUUGAAGGAACUAGAUACUGUUCCAAAAUAUCACUUACUCGAACCGUCCUGACCGCGUAGCUCAGUUGGAAGAGCAUUGGGCUAGUAUUCCAAAGGUCGUAGGUUCGAAUUCCACCGUGGCCGGGCAAAUUUUUCAAGCUCGCCCGGUGUGGAUAUGCACUCAGAGUAACAUCACAAACAUAUUAUUCACCUGAGUACACAACACCAGCACAGAAAAAAAUUGCUACAAACCUGUUGCGAAAAAUCUUUUUGACAAGUUGAUGGAAUAGCUUUGUCACAAGUUGCUAACGAGCUUGCUAUAAGCCUGUUGCGAAAAGAGUUUUUGACAAGUUGAUGGAACAGCAUUGUCACAACGUGUUAAGAAGCUUGCUACAAGUCUUGUUCACACAUUGAUGGAAAGGAAUUGUCUCAACUUGUGAACAAGGUUGCUAUACAAGCCUGUUGCGAAAAGUCUAUUUGAGAAGUUGAUCGAACAGCAUUGUCACAACAUGUUAACAAGCUUGUUAGAAGCCUGCUGCGAAAAGUUGAUGGGCAAGUUGAUGGAACGGUAUUCUUGACAAGUUGAUGGAACGGUAUUCUCACAACUUGUUAACAAGCCUGCUACAAGCCUGUUGCGAUAAGUCUUGUUCACAAGUAUGCUUAAAAAAUGCAAUGUCAUUACAAAGCCUCGUAUUUUUAGCCAGCUUGCUUCAUUCCGGCUUGCUUCAUUCCAGCUCGCUUCAUUCUUGAAAUAUAAAAACAUGGUCAUAUCCACUUUUAAUUGGGGAAGAACAUUUUGAGAAAGCAUUGUUAAGAAGUGACGGCUAACUGCCCCAGCCAUGAUGGGCUUCGGUGGCGCAAUCGUCAUAGCAAGCGCCUUCCAAUUCAGCUCUGAUAUCAUGUGGGUUCGAUUUACACUGCGGACACAUGACACUUAUGUAAAAGGAGUCAGUCAACGCUCUACCAAAAAUCCAUGAGUUUUCUCUGGGUGUUCAAGUUUCGUCCCGCAGGAGCAAAUGUUCACAGAGUUGUAUAGGAUGACCUACUAACUGACCCUUCCAAUGCCGUAACUGUACUCCGUGAUGAGACAUGAGUCAUAAAGUGGCGAACUGAGGGGCUUUUAGUAAGCCUUAGACUAGGUUAGGAUAGCUUACGUCCUUGACAAUUCAGCUUAGCUCUCGGAUGCAAGUAAGGAUGAUUUGCACACACCUCGCUACUUAUACGUAAUAUAGGAAUCACCAUGCAGUUAUUGAUGUAUUUUUGUCACUAUUGCUGUACAAUUGUAUUAGUUGUACGUAGAUGGGCCAUUUGGUGAAGAACAUCAAGAUUGGUAUCGUUACGAAGCGUCAGUUUUGGUAGGAGGAGGGAUUGGAGUCACUCCAUUUGCUUCGAUUUUGAAAGAUAUUGCUCACAAAGGAACAUUGAAGUCGAUAUUCUCUUGUAAGAAUGUAUCAGAAUUCACAAAUAUGCCUGUGGUGCUUUCCGUUAAGGACCAUUUCCACUCAAGAAAAAUUUCCACGCGGACAGAAAAUUUUCCGAAAAUAUCAUUGUUAAUAUCGGAAAAUUUUCCCGAGUGGUGGAAAUGGGCCUUUACACAGUCAGCCAGAACCGAAGUUCCCUCUCUAUGUUGAUAGGAAAUAUCUCAAUAUUUCCUCUUAGCAAGUUUUUCGACUGGUUUUAAAACAAAGUGUGAACAAUUUCGCCAGGAAAUACGCUAAUUACAUUGAUUUUGAGCUUGACUUUUAGGUGUAUUUCUUGUGGGUUACAAGAAGUCAAAAGCACUUUGAAUGGUUGACAGACAUUAUACGAGAAGUCGAAGAAAAAGAUUCUAAUGAUCUUGUCAGUGUUCAUAUUUUGGCCACUCAGUUUUAUCGUGAUUUUAAUUUGAGGACGACAAUGUUGGUAAGGAAUUUCACUUGCUGAUGCACAUGUACAAUUCUUAAAAUAUUAUACAUUAUGAUUCAUUUCUUUAUUUUUUUCUUCCAGUAUAUUUGCGAACGCCAUUUUCAAAAGAUGUCCGGCAAUUAGUCAUUGUUAACCGGACUGCGAUCUACAACUCACUUUGGCCGACCCGACUUUCUGCCAUUUCUAGAGUGUCUAUCGACAACCACCCAUCCGUGGGUAAGCUUAAUAUUGUUAUAAAAAAUGUAUUAUUAUCAUCAAAUAUGAAGUGAAGGCUACAACCUGAGAAAACUGUAGAAACUUUGUCGAAAUCACAAAAAUCCCUUAGCUUUGUCUCGAAAUUAUAGUAGACGAAUGGCCUUCGCAUGAAACGUUAACGUUCUUUCUGUAUUUUUGAGGUAGUUGUACUAUCAUGUACCGCUUUCUCAGUUAAUGUAAUAUUCUGCAAAAUUGUAGCGGGAGCAAGCUUCUCCCUCAGCCUCUCUUUGUUGCUACGCCAGAGGAUAUAUCAAAAAGCUGUUUUGAAAUUAACUAUAGGCGGGGUGCAUGAGGUUUUAAAAUACCGACGAUAAUGUUUAUAUACGAUAUAUAUACUGUAUAUUUCUUGACAUUCUUGUUCAGGCUUCAAAAUCGGAGUCUUCAGCUGUGGUCCCCCUUCGAUGACGAAGGGUGUCGAAAGUGCAUGUACUGAGUUAAAUAAAACUGAAGGGGCUGCGUUCAUUCAUCAUUUUGAAAAUUUUUAACCAUCUACUCCCAGUAAUAUAUGAUCUAAUAGUUUAUUAUAUCGAGAUAAGUACACGUAUCCAAAUUAUUCUACUUUAUACAGUUAGUUCAAAACAUACUGCAAUCGAGUUGGAAACAAAUUUAAAUCAAAUCAUCAAUGGGUGAUUCCAGCUAUCGACUAAUUUUUAUAUAGACGAGAAAGAUAGACGAAAUAUGUCAUUAUAAAGCUCAAAAAAGCAUCCUAAAAUUAGUAAAACUGCAAAGUUCGGUUGUGAAAUGUUGUAAAAUACGAAAAAUUAGCCCUGUGUAAUUAGCAAAAUUUGAGUAUUUUAGUAUUAUGCGCGGAAAAAUACACCAUUUACGGCUCAAUAUUUCCGUGCGUAAUACUAGAAUACUCAAAAUUUGCUAAUUUCACAGGGCUAUAUUUUCCGUAUUUUACAAAAUUUCGGAACCAAACUUUGCAAUUUUACUAAUUUUAGGAUGCUAUUUUGAGCAAAAAUAAUAGAUUACGCCCUUCUUGUCUGGAUAAAAAAAUUAUUCGGUAGGAGGAAUCAUCUAUUGAAAUCAAGUUUAAAUAGAAAUAUACUGUACAGGUUUGAAUUAACUCAACAUAAUAUCAUUAUGUACUGAACUUUGUUCUGAUGCGUAAUACUAUUUCCGUGCGUAAUACUAGAAUACAAGAGAACUGUAUUCAAUUUCAAACUUGCUGAUUGGGACGGUCUACGAAAUGCACUAGUCAAUUACACUACUCUUCCCUCUAACCAGUCAACUGACGUCAACACCGAUUGGGAGCGAUGGAAAGGUCUCUUUCUCAGAGUUGCUACUGAAUAUAUUCCAUUAAAAUCGUUCAAAAGGAGCAACUCACCUCCCUGGAUUGACGGUGAAGUUAAACGUAUUCUCUCGAAGAAAGAUAAGUGCAGAAAACGGGCUAAACGCGACGCAUCUCCUAGACUUUGGGAAAAGUUCCGCGAACUUCGAAGAUCAGCCAAAACGUUAAUACAAGCUAAACGUACGGAGUAUUUUCAAAAACUUCCAUCUCUGUUAAAGUCCAGUAGCAAAAAGUUCUGGUCACUAUUUAAAUCCACCUCAAGUCACUCCAACAUCCCUGCUAAAAUGUCAUGGUCCAUUCAAGAUUCAACGUCUUCGACUGCUGACAACCCAGUUGAUAUUGCUGAUAUGCUAAAUCGCUACUUCUACUCGGUGUUUCAAACUCCCGACCAUACCCACAGCCAACUCUCCCCUGUUGAUUUUGAAGAUGACAUGACCGAUCUAACCACCAUAUCAGAUCUUACUCUAACCGAAGGAGAAGUUCGUUAUGUACUUCGAAAUUUUGACGAAGAGAAAGCAACUGGUCCUGACAAAAUCCCAGCAGUAUUACUAAAAAACUGCGCGGCUAGUAUAGCUCCGUCAUUAUGUGAACUUUUCAACAAUGUCUAA